AUGAAGACAAACUUAUCGUCAAUUCACAAAAUCGCAUUGGUUACGGCGACAUUUUCAGUAUCACUACUCGUCGUCAUAAUGAUUGCCUUCGUUACAGGCGUAACGCAACAUGGCGAUCUUAUCAUGGAGCAAAUGAACAGUACUAUUUCUGGUCCCCAUCGAAAGCUUCUUGAAAAUUCUUCAGAAACCGGUGAAGUGCUACCAGAGCGAAAUUGGGGGGACAAAUGCUCGAAAUCCGACAUUGUCAUUAACCAGGGGCCCACUUCUCCUCUCCCUCAUGGCAUUCCGAUCUACACGGUGGAGAUCAUGAACAUCUGCGCCACCGGCUGUUCAAUCUCCGACGUCCACCUCUCCUGCGGCUGGUUCAGCUCUGCACGGCUGGUCAACCCCCACCUUUUCAAGCGCCUCCGCUACAAUGACUGCCUUGUGAACGACGGAAAGCCGCUUAUACCCGGCCGAACGGUGAUGUUUCAAUAUGCUAACACGUUCGCUUAUCAGCUUUCCGUCUCCUCCGUCACCUGUCGAUGA